AUGGAGCUAGAUGCACCUGCGCCUCCUGCAGUUAUCACUACUGUAGCUGACUCCGGGGAGAACCAAAGCCUGGUUGCACAUGAGCCACCCGCUACUUUCACUUCGAUGAAGUUCGACACGUCGAGACUCGUUUUGGAGAUGCCAGAGCAAGUGAACGCCUCAAUUCCGUUCGAGGACCGGCAUCAGACGAUUUUUGGAUACAACGCCACCAUGGCAUAUCUGCAACUGUAUACCAAGUCCCCCGAUUCGAAAGAGCAGCUCUUCCUGUUCUUCACGUGCAGUGACGACAAGGGCAAUCGAGACGACUGGACUCCGAAUUGCGCCACAGCUCGCGAGAAGGUAUAUGCUACGUUUGCCAAGUCACCUUCCACGAACAGGCUCGUGACUAUUCACACAGGAUCUCGUGAGGAAUGGACCAAGUUAGGCGGUAAUGCUUUCACCGACGACGAUGAUCUCCGCCUCAAGGCGAUCCCCACAGUUAUGCGGUGGGAUGGUGGUGUACCCGGCUCACUUCGUUCAACGUGGGGCGUCUUAGUGGAUCAUUCGAUAAUGUACGAACCGCUGCUUCGCUACCUCUUCCGUAACGCCGACGAGCAAGACAAACUACUCGCAAUCCCUGAAGUGGAGACCAAGGAGAUCGUCACGCUGAGAGGAUACGCGCAGUACCGGGCGUACAUGGAGGAAUAUGCUCGAAGUGGGUCACGGUAUCCGAUGUUCAUGAUGAUGGUGUCGGGUCGAUUCCGGCGCAACAAUCGGCUGUGGUGUCCUUGGUGUCGGCAGUCCGAGAUGCCUCUGGAGUACGCUUUCUACGCCUACGCGCCGGCCAAUGCCAAGCUGGUCCUUGUCGAGACCUACGACAAAUACAUCGUGUGGCGAAACCCGGAUAACGAGUUCAAGCAAGACCCGCAACUCGCAGUGAAAGGUGUGCCAUGGUUCUACCGAGUAUUCCCCGGCCCUCCGGGCCAACCGUUGACAUACCAGCGAGUCAAGAAGAAGUUCUACCUGCUUGAACAACUGCAGCAGGCUUUUCAAGGCUCGGAAUGA